GGCACCAGCCCGGGCCUAGCUUGCAAGAGGCAUCGGGAUUAUGUCGCGGGCGCGGAGCCACCUGCUCUCGGCUCUGUCCCUGGCAGCUGUUUCUGCGCGUGGUGCAACGACCGAGGGCGCGUCGCGGCGGUGGUUGAGUGCGUGGCCCGCGCCGCAGGAGCCCGGCAUGGAGUAUCAGGAUGCCGUGCGCAUGCUCAACACUCUGCAGACCAAUGCCAGCUACCUGGAGCAGGUAAAGCGUCAACGGGGUGACCCUCAGGCGCAGCUGGAAGCCAUGGAGGUGUACCUGGCGCGAAGUGGGCUGCAGGUGGAGGACUUGAACCAGCUAAACAUUAUCCACGUCACGGGGACCAAAGGAAAGGGCUCCACCUGUGCCUUUGCUGAACGCAUCCUGCGGAAUUACGGCCUGAAGACAGGCUUCUUUAGCUCUCCCCACCUGGUGCAGGUGCGUGAACGGAUCCGCAUCAAUGGGAAGCCCAUCAGUCCUGAGCUCUUUACCAAGCACUUCUGGCGUCUCUACCACCAGCUGGAGGAAUUCAAGGAUGACAGUCAAAUUUCCAUGCCUGCUUACUUCCGCUUCCUCACGCUCAUGGCCUUCCAUGUCUUUCUCCAAGAGAAGGUGGACCUGGCCGUGGUGGAAGUGGGCAUAGGCGGGGCUUAUGACUGUACCAACAUCAUCAGAAAGCCAGUGGUGUGUGGAGUAUCCUCGCUUGGCAUUGACCACACCAGCCUGCUAGGAGACACAGUGGAGAAGAUAGCAUGGCAGAAAGGGGGCAUCUUUAAGCCUGGUGUCCCUGCCUUCACUGUGCUGCAACCAGAAGGUCCCCUGGCCGUGCUGAGGGAUCGAGCCCAGCAGACCUCAUGUCCUCUGUACCUGUGUCCACCAUUAGAAGCCCUGGAAGAGGGUGGGCUGCCACUGACCCUCGGCCUGGAGGGAGAUCACCAGCGGUCCAAUGCAGCGUUGGCCUUGCAGCUGGCCCACUGUUGGCUGGAGCAGCAGGGCCACCAGGACAUCCAGGAACUGAAGGUGUCCAGGCCAAGAAUACGAUGGCAGCUGCCUCUAGCACCCGUGUUCCAUCCCACCUCCCACAUGCGACAUGGGCUUCGGGACACGGAGUGGCCUGGCCGGACACAGGUGUUGCGGCGGGGGCCUGUCACCUGGUACCUGGAUGGCGCACAUACCGCCAGCAGUGUGCAGGCCUGCGUGCGGUGGUAUUGCCAGUCAUUGCAGCGCAACAAACGCCCCAGUGGUGGGUCCCAAGUGCAUGUCUUGCUCUUCAACUCCACUGGUGACAGGGACCCUGCUGUCCUGCUGAAAUUGCUGCAGCCCUGCCAGUUUGACUACGCUGUCUUCUGCCCCAACCUGACAGAAGUCUCAUCCACAGAAAAUGCAGACCAGCAGAACUUCACGGUGACUCUGGAUCAGGUGCUGCUCCGCUGCCUCCAACACCAGCAACAUUGGAGCUGCCUGGGAGAGAAACAAGCCGACCCCGACCUCUGGAGCAGCCCCAGCCCCGAGCCUGGGGGACCAGGCUCCAUGCUGCUGGCACGGCACCCGCCUCACUCAGCUAGCACAAACUCCCUCGUUUUUAGCUGCAUCUCCCAUGCCUUGCAGUGGAUCAGCCAAGGCCGGGAUCCCAUCUUUCAGCCCCCGAGCCCUCCAAGGAGCCUCCUCAGCCACCCCACGGCCAGCAGUGGGGCAAGCAUUCUCCGGGAGGCUGCUGCCAUUCAUGUACUGGUUACAGGGAGCCUGCACUUGGUGGGGGGAGUGCUAAAGCUGCUAGAGCCCUCGCUGUCCCAGUAGCCAAGGUGUGGGCGCAGAGAUGGGGUCUCGCCACACCUGCCUGUCUCUCCACAGACUGCCACACUCGGUGCCUUUUGAUUUCUGCUUUCAGAUUCCUUCGAGACCGGCCCAGGGUAGAGUGUAGGGAUGGGAGAGGCCUACACCUUGGCCUCACCUUCCUUUAGCAUAGACAGCAGGGGAGCUUCCCAGAGUCCCCACCACUGCAGCAGGCUUUCAGCCCAUCCCAUCUCCCUGCCUACCCUGCUGCCUCCUGCCUCAGGCCUGGCUUAAGUGCAGGCUGCCUGACCAGCCUGAGGACCUGAGGGUAGGCCAGAGGGUAGGUUCCUCCUCCCUACCCCUACUGGUACCUUCUGGGGAGAGCAAGGGCCCUUGCUUGGGCAUUUGGGGACUGUGGGUUGCUAGAACUAAUUGAAGCUUUAAAUCCUUUUUUUAUUUUUUGUAAAUAAAUGACAAACUUUUGAUU